UGCCGGCGCGGGCCCGCCUCCUGCGCGCGCCGCCGGCCGGGAGUUGGAGCGGGCCCGAGAGGCCGGCGCGGGCCCUGCCCAGCCCGGGCGCGGGGGAGACACCGGCGGUUGUGUAAUUACCGAGAGCGGCGAUCUCCGGUGCGCCGCCGCAGGGCGGCUGCGGACCCUCGGGUCUGGCCGGUGCGGGGGCUGCUGCCGCGGAGAAGGAGCGGGGCUCGGGGCCGAGUCUCUCGGCGCUGCUGCGGCGCUCGGAACAAAGGGUCGCCCCCGGUCCUGGCGCAGCUGGGCUCGGGCGGCACCGCCGGGACGGUGAUGCUCUCCCGGGACGAGUGGCCGGUGCGAGGAGGCUGCUGCGAGUUUCCCCGGUGUCUGUACAGGCUGCUCUUGCUAGAGGAGCACAGAGCAGCGCUCGGCUGAUGAGUCCGAGCUGUGAACUGAGUCACUGAUGCUCCUCUAAAGGCCUGGCUUAGCCCGUUCUGUCCGUGAGCCUUCAGGAGCGAUUGGCGGCGGCGUUCUCACGGCGGGGUUGUCCCGGUGCCGACAGGAGCGGUGUCAGCUCAGCCCGAGCUCCCGUCCCGUGCUCACAAAGCAGCUGCCGCGCACCGGGCGUUCGGCUCUGGCCCGAAGAGCAUCCGGAGCGGGGCUGUGUCCUGGCACAAGGCGUCCUCUGUACUGCGGGACAGCACAGAGUGCUCACAUGAGAGAAGCUGAGAGGCACAGGCUGCUGCCUGAUGGCUUAGACAGUGUUCGUUUGAGGUAGAGAAUGUGAAGAAAACUUGGAGUUUUUUCCCAAAGACUGGAAACUCAUGAAAAUCCCAGAAAAUCAAACAACACUUUAGUUCUAGUGAAGGAGGAUGUCUGAUACAAGCCCCAGUGAUUUGCUUUAUAACCUCUUCUCAGGUUAUUCAGAAGAUGUGGUUAAAUCUGCAGGGAGGUGUUUGAAUGUGAAAAUGAGGCUUGGGAAUAUCUAUUUCACUUUACUCACUUCAUUUGUUCAUGAAGCAUUUCCUUAGAUACUCAAAUCUUUCUCAGCUCCUUUCUUGAAGACCUAUUUGGAAGUAUCUUUCUUAAACAUAUCUACUGGAAUCUUGAGGAAUUAAGCUUUUCCUUUUAAUCCAGUCCAGAAGUUGGAUUUCAGUGAUCCUUGAGGGUCCCUUCCGGCUCAGGGUUUUCUGUGGUUAAUCCAAUGUACGUUGAUUUAACGUUGCUUUUAUUUUUAGGAAUUGAAAAGCUCAGGGCAACUGAUCUUCAACAGCCCUGAUGCUCUCAUCUGGGGUGGAGUCUCUCCUUGAUUCUUCUGCAUCUGCUGUAAUAGAGGAGUUGUACACUGGAUUGCCAGAGAGCACCUCCAGGGACCCCAUGGCAGUGCCAGGGCCCAGCCUUGGCUUAGUUGCACAGUCUGAUGGGUCAGUACCCGUGUUGGCACACAGGGAUGGGCCAUGGACUUCUGCCAUAGGAAACUGCUGCCAGAAGACACAGGAUCUGGGUGAUGUGCUCCAGGUGAUUUCUCAUGGGCCAGCAGAAUCCUUUCCUGAAGAAUUACUACAGGCUGGAGACAUUGCAGAGGAUGAAAAAAGCAGAAAAAGACACUUUAGUAAACUAGACUGUCCUAGUGAUGGAUACCAGAAAGAAGAUGAAGAGGCACAAGGUGCUGAGGACCAUCAUGCUGAAUGUUGUCCUUUGACUCUGGGGGAAAGUUGGUCAGAACAAGAGGACCCUCACCUAACUGAGCAAGAGGCAAAGUCUUUGAGAACCUAUUGCACUGAAAUUGCAGGAUCUCUGAGGAGCACAGAAGAAAACCAAGCAAAUGUUCAGGUGACAGCUGAAACUUUUCCAAAGCUCACUGAAGAAGUACAAGGUAUGAAGGCUGAUGGGACUAGGAAAUUUAGUAAAGCAGGAUACAGGAAUGACAGAGUGAGUACAGGUCUUCCACCUGAGAGCAAUCAAUGCCCAGACAUAGACACAGUCAUGGCCAGAGCUGGGGUUUCAGAAACCAGCAGCUUAGGUUUUUUAGAGCCUUUAAAAGUCAUGGACAUUGGAGCAGCUACAGAUCAUCCACAAAAAACAAGUGACUAUAGUGGGUCAGAAGCCCUUGCUGCCAUGCCAUUGAGAACAGGGGGGAGUGGUGUAUCUAUUUUGGAGGUUAGAGAAGAAAAGAUACCCAGACAAAAUCCUGUUAAAGAAUUCAGUACGUCAUUUGCUAAUUGCCAGACUUGUCAGCAGGAUGAAGAAAAUUAUGUUUAUGACUUCUUUAAGGGUCCUGUACCUGAACAAAAUGAACCUCAUGAGUUGUUCUCAGCAGAAAGCUGUAGAACACUCUCCACACGAAGUUCUGAAGUUUUAUGUCCAGUUCUGAAAAGCAUCUCUUAUCUGGACUUUGGAAAUAUGCCACCAGAAGGCAGUUCUGCAGUUCACAGAAUUGUCAGUGAAACCCCCCAGAAGUACCUUCCCCAAAACAUCAAACAUCACCCUCUUUAUGAUCAUGGACCUGGGUUUUUGGAAAACCAAACCUUCACAUCUGUUCCAGUAGAGCAGAUCUCAGUGGUAAGGAAAAAAGGAUUAUCUAGUGCAAAACCUGAUCCUAGGGUAUUAAGUGCUGCUAUAGGAAAAUCAUACAACUCUGAAUCUGAAGAAGCUGUUGAAGGCUGGAGAAAAAUUGCUGUGGGAGAUAACAAUGAAAUUUGUAGCUGGCCUGAAGCUCAAAAGACUGCUAAUUCUGAGCAGUGUCAUUCUCCAGUUUUUACUUCUGUUGCUUCAUCUCCUGAGGAGUUCUCAAAAGAAAAAUUUAAAAUAUUCCCAUCAGAAGGUGAUAAGUUGAAAAAGGACCAGUGGCAAUUCUCUGUCAGUGACCCGUGCAAGAAUGAUACAAAAGAAAAUGGUUUGUGGGUGGAAACGAGUAACAUUGCUUCCCAUGAAACUGGGCAGAGAGACAUGUGCUGUUAUAGUACUGCCAAUAAAAUCCCUCCUCUCAGUAACCACAGCUGUCUUCAUCUUGGUACCAAGCUAGAAAAAGACUCACCCAAGGCACAACUGCUUCAAAAGGAAUCUGAGAGCAAUACAGCAUCAGAAGAGUUGGCUGGUGGUUUAGCUGGAGCUGCAGAAGCUGAUAGUAAUGACAGCUUAUCCACAGGGAACAAAACAAAUUUGUUUUACACAGUAAAUGUAACUCUACCUCCUGUUUUACAAAAAUCAAGAGAACCUCAUUAUAAUGAGUGUCUUCCUUGUACUAAUAAUGAAGUUUCAUGCAGGGACAAGGCUGGGGAUAAUUGGUCUAGAAAAGAAUUAAUUGGUGCUUCAAGAACAACAGCAGAACAAGUUGCUAAAGUUUUGCUUCAUAAAGACAAAUUCAAGUCUUCUGUAAAUUCCAUGACUUUUGAUAACCCUGAUACAGCAAGCAGAGUAUCUCAAAUGAAUACAAAAUCUUCUGCAGGAAAUAUGGAGAAAUUGGUCACUGGUUUAGAAAAUGAACAUUGUCACACAUGGCUUUGUAGUAACAAGAGUAUAAAAAACCAGUGUCCAGCUGCCAGCACUUCCUGUAUUUUAUCAGGGAGUACAUGUGUGGAUGAAGUUUUCCUGAACAGUCAGUCUUUGGGUGUUGAAGUUGAUAAGAUUGAAGAAAACAAUAAUUUGGAAGGAGUGUCUUCAUCAGGAUAUAACAGUAAAGAGGCAAUGAUCUUUCCAAAAGCACACACCCCUUUGGCACGUGGAUCUCUUCUUUGUGAAAAUGACUGGGGCAACAGAGGUAUAGCCCUGCAUGGGACAAAUGAUAUUCCCACAGGAGAAACCAUGUUUUGCUCAGCAUAUACUGCAGAGAAGUCUGCUGCUACCUUGGCAAGAGAUGAGGUUUCAAAUAAGAAUAUGGAGGUCAUGGAACAAUUUGACCUUUGUAAAGCAAAGGGCAGUGAAAUUGUUUGUGACAGAGAUGAGGCAAAAGAACACAUUGGCACAUGUGUUUCCCAGUCUGAUAAAACAAGAGCUGUGGAUUCCCCAAAUGCUCCUGAAGACAAUCAGAGAAAUAGGACUAGUAAACAGCUAUUAGUCAGAUAUUUGAACAAAAACACCUGUGCUCAUAAUUUUGGAUUUUACAACUCCCUGUUAUGCCCAUGGAAGAGAGAACUGGACCCACGUGAGCAGGAAGAAAUGCCAUUGCUCACAGCUGAUCCCUCUGAGUGUAGCCCUUCAACUUGUGAUCCACAGCCAGCACUCAACAACGUGAAUGCUCCCACACAACCUGCUGGCCAAACAGAAGAGACCCUUUGUCCCUUGGGAAAUCAGUUUCAUCCAUGUCAGAGUGAGUCUGAUGUCCCAGUGCUGGGUAGUGAGCAACAUUUAGAAAGUUUAACCAACCAACCAAACACUGGCUUCCAAACCAUAGCCAGUUCUGUGGAAAGAGACAAAACUGAUCCUCAUCCCAGUGAAGAGGUUCUGCUAAAAACAGGUGGUGACCCGCCUCUGUUAGACCAUAAAUGUGCAAGAGAAGCUAGGUUUAAAGGAGCUGUACAAGAGAAUGUAAUGGGUUUGGACUCUUUAAUUGGUGUCAAAAAUAAAGAUUCUUCAGGAUCCAUGGACUCCAUUAGUGAUCUGAUUGAAAAGAAGACAAUCAGACUACAAGAACAUGAGAACAGAUGUGAAAGAAACAAUAAAGGAGCUCUUGAAGAAAACUUUUCUGAUAACAAACAACAGUGCUCACAGCAGGCUCAUUUUAUCCCAUGUGCAAAAGAGAAAACAGAGCUGGUGUUUGCAGGAAACAAAAUGCAGCAAUCUUUGCCAAAGAUAAAGUGGUUGGUGGAGAACCAGGAAAAUACAAUUAGUGCUCAAUUUCUGCCCAUUUCAUCAAUUAAAGGGAGUCUUUCACACAAGCCAGAAAAUAGGAAUAUGCUUUCAGAUAAAGAAAACAGAGAAAGUCUGAGUAUAAAUCCUAUCCUAAAUAACUCUCACCUACAGUUAACUAUUGAGCCUGGUAAAGAAACUGAUGCUCAAAGGGGCGUUGGUCCAUCUCAUUUUGGAAAGUUUGACAUCCAAGAAUCUUGUGCUGAGACUCAGGCAGAUUCAGAAACUGUGUCAGCUCUGAACUCUCACAACUCUCUGCCUGAGAAAGAAAAACUGUGUAUGUCACCUGAGAGUACACAGAGUGAUAACUGUGAUUCAUCUUCAGCUGAGGUUUUUAGCAAAGAUACUUCAAUGACAAAAAUCCUUUCUGUAACAAUUUCUGUUAAGAAAAACUCCAGCAAUAUUGAGGUUCCACCUUCAGGGAAUGAAUCAGCAUCUGGCUCUCUGAAUGGUGCCAAAAGCUCAAGAGUUUGUGACCACAGCAAAGAAAGGCUGAAAGGUGAGGGGCUUUGCAUGCCAGCUGGGAAAAACAUGGACAUGAGCUCAGCAGAAAGUCCUCCUGGUCAAGAGAAAUUUAAGAAUACAGAUAAGCCAGAAAAUAUAAAUGUGCUUUCAGAUACAGAAAAUGGAGAAAGUCUGAGUAUAAAUCCUAUCUUAAAUAACUCUUGCCUACAGUUAACUUCUAAGCCUGGUAAAGAAACUGAUGAUCAAAGGGGUAUUCAUGCAUCCCAUUCUGAAAAGUUUGACAUCCAAGGAACUUCUAGUAAGACUCAGGUGAAUUCAGAAACUGUGUCAGCUCUAAACUCUCACAUCUCUCUGCCUGAGAAAGAAAAGCUGUGUAUGUCACCUGAGAAUGCACAAAGAGAUAUUUCAUCUACAAACAAAAAAUUUAAUAAAGAUACUUCAAUGACAAAAAUUCUUUCUGUAACAAUUUCUGUUAAGAAAAACUCCAGCAAUAUUGAGGUUCCAUCUUCAGGGAAUGAAUCAGCAGCUGGCUCUCUGAAUGGUGCCAAAAGCUCAAGAGUUUGUGACCACAGCAAAGAAAGGCUGAAAGGUGAGGGGCUUUGCACACCAACCAAAUACAUGGACAAGAGCUCACCUGAAAGUCCUCCUGGUCAAGAGAAAUUUAAGAAUACCUGUGUACAAGAGAUGAUAGGAAAAGAGGUAGCCCCUAGAGGAAGGCUGCCCAAAGAUUGUUCAUGGGCCUUGUUGGAAGAUUCUAAAGAGUCUGGUAGCAAAAUAGUCCCCCUCAGGACUGAGAAUCAUGGAAAGGUUUUGGAAGAAAUCCCAAGAUCCAAACUAAAUACUCUUUCAAAAGAAAGACAAAAUGAUACAAAGCUCCCAAACUCAGGAGGUACCAGUGUACUUUCAGAAACUGUGUAUGACUGUAAGGCUGGAGCUGUAUCUGACACACAGGCUGCCCCAGAAGUGCAGGAUGAUACAACGCCCACAUUUUCUCCACCUCUGAGCACACUAUCAGAGAGCUGCAAAGAACCAUACCCAAACUGUGUGGCUUGCAGUGAAGCGUGUGUGCCUUACAAAUUAAAUGCAUGGAGCAAAGAUAAUGUAAAGGAAGUAACAGAAGGCCAGGACAAAAUACCAACUCGUGCAGUUUGCAAGGAAAAUGGAGCUUUAUGUUCAGUGAGACUUGAUCAAAUAGAGGAACAUCAAGUAUUUAUACAGAAGAAGUAUGGAAAGAUGGAAGUACAUCAGUUGGGCAAGGCACAACAAGGACAGAAGUUAGAACAUCAGGAGAAAGCAAAAAUCAUACUGCAACCAAGUGUGUUGCACAGUUCUGAACUCUUAUGCAGCUCUUCAGCUGAGCUGAUGACAUCUAGAAAUACGAAGUUUGGAGGUGCUUCAGAGGAGAUGGUUGCUGUAAGAGGCAGUGGAAGUAAACUAUGUAGCACUUUACAAGAAAUUAAAAGGCCAAAGAUUACCACAGAUUUUAUUAGUUCACAGUUUUUGAAGACUCAGGAUUCAGAAAUGGAAAACCUGAACCUUAAUUUAGGGUAUGAUGGGAUCCCUGGUGCCUUUGGAACUACAAAUAAACGAAGAGGAACUACAAAUAAACUAAGAGGACCUCUUCCAUUAAAAAUACAACCUGGAAGGACAUGCAAAAAAGUUCCCACAUUGUAUCAGCUAAAAUCUGUAAGGAAAAUCAAAACAGUUAAAAGUUCACCUGUCUCUGAGAUUCCCCUGGAAAUAUUCCCUAAACAGGAAAACCCACUUCUGGAGUCUUUGUACUUUCCAUGUAAACCACUGACAGUGGAAAAGGAAACAGCCAUGAGAUUUGUGCAUAUGCCAAGGCAGAGGGCCAAGAGGUGCAGUUUGUUGAGCAGCUUGAAAUUUAGAAAAUGUACCAAAGAACCAGCAUUGUUGAGCAAGUUGUCUGCAAUGGCCAGCAAGCUCCUGGCCCCUGCCAAAAGCAGCCGUAAUUUAGAACCUCUGCCAUAUUCUUCUGAAAUUCUUCCAGUGGGUGACAGGUACAGCCAAUGUAGAUCUAAAAAUCUCUUGGAAGCCUUUUCUUGCAUUAACAGGAACGUACACUCACGCUGGGCUGACAGCUGGUGCACCAAGAUGUUCAGCUUUCAGCCUUUGGCACUUUAUCCUGUAGAAACUACCAAAAUACUUUCUUCAGACUUAAGCCACAAGCCUCCAGCCUCUUUCUUGGACACCUCAGCUUUCCCAAUUUCUGUUCACAUAAAAUUGGACUCCAGUCCUGUGACAGACCUCAGAGGGAAUACAUCCCAGCACUCUGUACAUCACAGCCCAGUUUUCAGAGAAACGCCAGCACCAGCUUCAAAGUGGACUUUGUCUUUUCUCCUUUCUCAGAGCUGUUCAGAUACAACAGCUUUCCAGGAGGAUUCCUUUGUAAAUAAUGAGCUUCCUUCCUCUCACUCCACGACAACCCCCAGGACUGUUGCUGUUCAUCCCGACCCUGGAAGAAACACUGUAGCUGGAAGAAGAGGAGGUUGUUCCACGCUUGGCCUUCACACAGUGUUAGCACUUUCUUCCCCUGGAUGUUACAGGAUUUGGACCAGAAGAAGAAACUUAACCAGCCAUAUUCCUACCAUCCAGAGACUAUUUAUCUCUCAGUUGGCCCAGGGUUUAAAAGGGGCCAGGUUCCCGAGGUGUGCUCCCGCUGGCCUCGUCUCCUCGCUGCCAUACUCCCUGGGCAGGGUGUUGUCCAUAUGGAGUCAGCACGGUCCCGCUGCCCGUCCUUCCGAAAUCACUCCUCUCCUUCCCAAUCGCUGCAAGUGGCAGCCAAGUGUGGCCAUCGAUAACAGCUGUGCCAUGUUACCACACUCACCUGUACAGAGUAUGGGAGCACUGCAGACUGCAGGCCAUGCAAUACAUCUGGAAACGUCAUUCCCUCCUCCCUUACCAAAGCCUCACACACUUCCAGAGUCAUUGCCAUCUCCCCCCAGGCUGUCAGCAUCUGAGCUCCACAUCCCUGCCCUUGAUGAAGCAGAUGCUUCUGUUCCAGCCUGUCUGAGAUCUCAAGACGACACAGAACUGAAAAAAACUGAGCCAGAAAAGAGGCCAAAGAAAGUCUCACAGAUCCGAAUCAGGAAAACUGUUCCUAAGCCAGACCCUAACCUUACUCCAAUGGGACUACCCAAACCAAAAAGGAGCUUGGAAACAAUCUUUGAGGAGCCCAAGGAGAAAAAUGGACACUUGAUCUCUGUCAGCCAGCAAAAGAGAAAGCGGAUUCUGGAGUUUCAGGACUUUACUCUUCCCCGGAAAAGGAAGACACGAGGCAAAAUCAAAGCAGUGGGGAGUUUCACCCGGGCAAAAAGAGCUGCAUUGCAGAGUGCAGAGUUAGAUGUGCUUCUGAGUCAGAAGCUAAUGGACCUUGAAGCCUUUUUUGCAGAGGAGGUUGAGCAGGAGCAGGCCUCCAGCAUCUGAGGGAGCCACUUAGCUGGAAACGGUCCAGUCAGCUUCUUUAGUAUUUUUUUCUUGGGAGAAAUCUACUGACUUCUUCAUACCUUACUCUGCCACUCUGUUCUACAUCUGGUAAUCAGUUUUUGGCUGUGACCCUCUUUAAGGUGCUAUAUUUUUUUUUAAAUGCUGUUGGAGGGAUUCUUUUAAGUCCCUGUUUGAGUGUAACACAGCCACAUGAAAUUUACCCUUCCUUUCUCAACCUCUGGAAAGUACUGCUUAUAUUUAAUUAAUUAUGUUUAUAUAUCUUUUGGGGGUAGAGUAGGAGUGUCAAGGAAGGAAGUAGUGCACCUUCAGUGAUGCUAGAACUCUGUACUCCAGAUCAUUUGCACAUAUGAGUCUGCUGUUGUUACUGUAAUGGCUAUUUUUAACAAGCUGACAAAAGAGAUUUGGUGUUUGAUAAAGAAAAAUUCUAGCAAACACAUUCUUGAUAUACCACUAACAUUUUGAUAAUUAAAAGUAGCUGUCUACGUUAGCAUUCAAUUGUUUUCUUCCUUCUGUUAACUUUGAAGGUUCCUUCUAAGUAUCUUUGCCCUUCCUGGCUCCAGGCAGCAGAAGCCCCACAUUAUUAGACAUUAAAUAACUUGCACUUUGUAUAUGCUUCCUUUAACAUCAUUCAACUCAAAAAAGGUAAUGUUUUAAGGAAAAAUGGUGCCCAGUACUAUUUUUUUUCUAAAUAGCAAAUUUUUUUACUUACUUGGCUGAUGCCAACUUCUUCUCCAGAGGAAAAGGUCAUUGGUCCAUGAGGGUGUUAAGCUGCAGGAUACACAGGCAGAGAUUUUUAUUUAACUGAGCUGAGCUGCUGCAUGCAGGGAAGACCAGAAAAAUCUUUGAUACUUGUUUUAAAGUUAUUUUUACUCCAUUCAUACUAACUUGAUUUUAAUGUCAACAAGAAGGGGUUUUUGGUUUUUUUUUUUUACCAUUUUAGAUUUACAAUUCCUGUAGCUCAUAAUUAGAUAUUCUCUGUACAGCACUGUUGUACAUAAUAGCCAGUGUUGUACAAAGAGCCUCUGAGUAUGUGGACAUUGUUUUUGUCAUGUAAGGCCAUAUGUAAUUAUCUGAUGCAGCACUGGGCAAUUUCUCAGCUCUGCCUUUGGAAGGAAGAGAGCUCCCUUCUGGCAUAACUUCUGUUAAGUUUAACUUGAAGCAUAAUUCCAAUGCUAGCUGCUGUUCAGGUAAUUUCUGUCCCUUAGUGCCUAGAGAAGUUAUUCAGGCAAAGCUGUUAUUGCUGGGAUGCUCAAAUUUAAUUAGUCUGUUCUUUCUUUCACUUGUCACUUGAACUUGCACUUUCUUAUUUAUCUACCCAUAUAAUAGAGUUUCUAUUUACCUUCAAAUUGAGCAAAUAGCUAGUGGGUGGGUAUUUUUUAUAAAGUCCCAAUAAAUGCAGGACUGCAAAUACCAUCAUUAUCUUCUGUUGCUCUACCACUUCUGUUACUGACCAAACAGAAAAGUAAAUGUUAACAAGCAAUCUGUUGAAUUGCAGAGCUUUGAGAGUAGAGAAAUGGAAGAGAAUUAUUACACUGUGCGUGCCUGAGUCUUGAAAGAAAUCUAAUCUGGGUUUGUUUUGCUCCCAGCUUAUGUGCUGGGAUUUGUAGAAGUUUAUAUUCUUGUUUUGAAGAUUAAUUAUCUUUAAUCAGGAAGACUGAAGAAAAGAGAGGAGUGCACACUUAGAGUAGUAGUGUUUGGAGUUUGAGGGUAAAAUAACAAGGCAAACUUUGAACAUAUUGACAUAGUAUUUUUCUGGUUAACUUACUGGGCUGUUGUAGAACAUUCUAAUUGAUUCUCUUUAUUUUUGUAAAAAGAAAUCCCUAAAAAAAAAAGAUCAACUGCCUCCUAAAAAAUGUUUGAAAGUUUCCCUAUGUUGGCUUAUUAGCCCAAUUAUUGACUAGUUGGAAGUGGUAGCAAGAGUGAAAGAUAUAUUUUUAUGGAUUUAUGCUAUAGAAUGGAAUUGUUACAGAGCAUUCAUUCACCUUCUAUUAAUAUGGGAGGCUUCCAGUGACACAGUUAAGCUGUAACCUUACUGGGGCUUUCAAGGAAAUAAAGAUUGGGGUGGGGGGGAAGAGACUUGGGUCCAGGAGAAGUUCAGACCUCUAAUGUGCUUCAAAACAUGGAAUGUGUUGAGUCUUUUCCUUUGGCUUAUGUUGGGUUUUGUUUAGGGCGGGUUUUUCUCACUUUCUUCCCUGUUCUCUCUUGUUUCUGAUUGCAUUGAAAUAAGAUUUAUGAACCUCUUUCCUACAAGCUACAGUGGAGAGAGCAGAGCAAAAAACACUCAAAUACUCUUCAGUUUACAGAAAUUGGAGGAGUUAUAAAAUGAUGUUGCAGUUGUUUAGCUUCUCCCAGACCUUAGUUUGUGGAAACCCAAACACACAGCAUUAUUCUCUUUUGGUUUAAGUGUUUGUAUGACAAUGUAAGCUAGUGGAGACCAAGCAUCUCUUCCCCUCCCCAGCAUACAGGUGUCAGUCCUGCUUAUGCACUUUUUUGUUUUUUCCUUUCCCACCUCUGUUUCUGUUUACAGCUCUCAUGGAACAGCCAUGUUCCUUGUGGCUGCUGCUUGUACACUGGGAGUGAUGGCUGGGCAAAAGCUGGGCAUUUCCAUCCUGAGCUGCUUCUGUCACAGGUAAUUUAAAAAAAAUGUAGAGGAUUCAUCUUUUGGGGUCUUGCAUACAUCCCUAGCAGAAGGAUAUGUCCACUUGCCUUUUCAUAAGGUGGACCCACUCCAGUGGGGAUGUUUUUGUAUCACCAUGGAAAGUACAUCACAAACUGAUGACUAGAACAGCUUGAGAAGGAUUGCAAAGCUUUUGCCAUGUUCUGUCUCUUAGCAGAGCCAAGCAGCUCUUUGAUACAUUUGCUGAUUGUCAGAGAUAGAACGAUCACUUUCAAGAAAAUAUAAGAAUAAAAAAUCAUUGUUUUCAUCAUGCUAUGACUGGAGCAGCUAAGGCUCCUUAAGGUAUGGUACAGCAUUUGCCUGGCUGGCUUGUGUCUGCAUACAUUUGAGUUCCUGUGCUUGCUGGAUAUGAUUUCCUGCAAGCAGUUCUCAUUCAUUGUAUUUGAUUUCAGGUGGGCCUUUGGUAUAUUAUGUUCCAGGUGCUUUUCUAGAAUAUGGAUGGUAACUGUGGAUUAAAAGUCUGUAUGAUGCUAUCAAGGUAACAAAUAGCUCAAUGAGAAUUUGUACAUUUGUGCCAUUAGCCUCCAUCAUGCUCUUGGCAUUUUGUUUCUGUUCAAUAUUGUGUGAAUCUAAAAUUUUACUGGUUUGUGUGUGGUCUUAAUUUAUGGAAAUAAAUUUUUCUGAGAACUUUU